AUCGCCUUAAGCCCCGCCCUGUACCUCCGAUACACUAGGAAGCUCGUUGUCUAAAUAUAACGUAAAUUACAGUUAAGCAUUAGAAAGAUUUUUUAUCGUAAUUUUAUAUGCCUUUUUACCUCCUUGUAGGAAAUGACGCAAUCCACGAACUGACAAAGAAGAAGGACCAGGAACUUCGGGUUGAACUACAAAGUUUCGAUCGCGAUGAAGCAUACGCUCAGUACUCCACAUUUUAUAUUGGAGAUAAAUACAAUAAAUACAUACUCACUGUGUCGGGGUAUUCAGGAACUGCAGGUGACAGUAUGGAUUAUCACAAUGGAUAUAAAUUCACAACUAAAGAUAAGGAUAAUGACGGUGAUGGUGGAAAUUGUGCUACACAAUAUCACGGAGCCUGGUGGUACAACGCUUGUCACUACUCAAAUCUAAAUGGACUGUAUGCCCAGUCUGCAGUGUCUGGUUAUCAAUACCCGGUAUGGAGAAAAUGGAGAGAAAAAGAAGCAUUAAAACAGACUCAGAUGAUGAUUAGACACAAGAACUAGAGAUUAUCAGACUUGACAUUUUAUUACAAAUUUGUCAUAUUUUAUUUUUGUUAAAAAAAGCAGUUUAAUCCAUAUUGUUUACUUGUUUCAGUACAGAUUUAUUUUCAGUAUCCUGUAAUAGACAGUUACCUUGCAUGUAUGUGUGUCCUGACUUAUUCAAUAUUGUUGACUUUGAAAUUAAAUUUUAAACUCUCAUGUAUUCUUCAGACAAAAAUGUUGUUUUUAAUAAAUUUUGCUUUGUUGAAAGAAACCUCAAGAUAAAAUAAAGUAAUGAAUAAAAAAAUAGAUUUUUGUGAGAAAAAUAAUACUUAAUUUCUAGAAAAUAUUAAUAUAUUUGAUACGAUGCAAUCAUUAUUUUAAGUUUAAUCUACGGGAUACAUUGCAUUUGAGAUAAAGAGUACAGAAAAUAUAACAAGAGGCCCCCGGGCCGUAUAGGUCACUUGAGUAUCACGCAACAACUUUCAAACAAUUGACUGUGGUUUGUGUUUUAAAUCUAAGGCCAUGAAAUUCACGAUUUUGAAAGAGGCAUCAUUGCUAGUCAUAACAAGCUAAUUCAGAGAUUUUGUGUCCCCCGUUAAAAGAA